AUGACACACGGUCGAAGACGGCGACCCCAGGCUUGCGGCCAGAGGCAUCCAUUCUUGUUUACACUCAUGACGCUCACAGCCGCGGCCGAGUUGGGCCUCACUGCGUUCCUCAUCGGCGCUGGAAACGAAGUCGGGACUUCCAGCAGUCCUGGGUACUACUCCUUACUCAUCCUGCUAUGUUUUGAGUCGGCCUGGACGCUGCUCUUUACUGCCGGCUACCUUCUCUGGAUCAUGGAGGGCGGUACCUACCUGCUCGCAAGUGUAGCGAGCUCUGUUAUGUGGCUGCUCCUCACGGCAGUCUUCUGGGGUGCCGCUACGGGCAUCAUGCACAAUACGCGAACCAGAAGCCAUUGCCUCGGCUCACCCCCGCUAUCAAGAUGCCGUCAAUCGCGAACGGUAGAAGCAUUGGGUUGGACCGAGUUCACCCUCUGUGCUUUGACGCUACUUACUACCGUGUGUUGGAUGACUACGGAAGUGAAAGCGAAAGGUCACACGAGAGAUUCUAGGACUUUCGUAUAA